GUAAGAACCGGCGCCUGAAGCAGGCCAAGGAGGAGGCGCAGGCUGAGAUCGAACAGUACCGCCUGCAGAGGGAGAAGGAGUUCAAGACCAAGGAGGCAGCUGCUCUUGGUUCCCAUGGUAACAGUGCAGUAGAGGUGGACCGCGACACGGCUGAGAGGAUGGCUCGUAUCCAGGAGAGUUACCGUGGUAACCGGGAGGCGGUGCUGAACGACCUGCUGCGACGUGUCUGCGACAUCCAGCCAGAGUUUCACGCCAACUACCGUGUGGCGGGCUAAAGGGGCGGGGCCAUAACCACAGGGUCCUGCUUCCUGAUUGGUUGUUGUUGUUUUCUGUGUUAAUGUUUACAAGGUAUUUAUAUUUCAAAAUAAAUCUGUUUGUCUAGUUAAAUGCUAACUGAAACUAUCAAAAUAAAAGUCCUGAAAAGCCAACCAACUCAGAGAACUGUUCUGAAACCUGAUUGGCUGAAGAGAUAGUAGUUUCCUGUUUGUGAGCAUGUGACUUCCUGUUCUCUGUGAUGUGAUUAAAAUUAAAGUCAAGUUGAUUUAA